CGGAACCAUUCGAAUUUCGAACGCCGCCGGUCGCUCCCUGUUCCCUAGCUCUCUCCUCCGCGGCUCCGCCUCCGGCCUCCACGGUUUCGCAGGCAGAGAUGAAGAAGGCGUCCGCGGCGUCGCGCUACGCGGCCUACGACUCCCCGUCCCCUUCGCCGCGCCGCGCGGCGCCUUCCGCGGCCGCCGCGACCCCGGGAGCAGCGCACGGCAGCAGCCGCGCCCUGGUGGUCGCGGGGAGAUCCGGCCGCGAUCUACUGGGCGCCAAGCCGCAAGCCCACGGCAACCUAGGCUCCGUGCUACGGCGGCUCAUCUCCAUGGACAAGAAGCCGCCUUCCUCCAAGAACCAGCUCCCGGUUCCCCCUGCCGCCGCCGCCGCAGCAGCAGCAGCAGCGAAGAACAACGGUGGCGGGAAGCUGCCGGGGCUGUCGCGGAAGUUGUUCCAGAAAGCCUCGUCCACCGAGGCGGCGGCGCCCAGGAAGACGAAGGCCCUGAUGGAAGUCAAGAACAGCGGCAACAACGCCAACACGCGGACGCUCGGCAUGGUGCUGCGCAGCGAGCGGGAGCUCCUGGCGCAGACCAGGGCGCAGGAGGACGAGAUCGCCGCGCUCCGCCUGCAGCUCGAGAACAAGGACCGGGAGGUGGAGCGGCUCAAGGACCUAUGCCUGCGGCAGCGGGAGGAGAUCAGGACGCUCAAAGACGCCGUCCUGUUCCCGGACGUGGAGCCGGAGCCAGAGCCCGACCGCCGCCUCCGACACGAGAUUUCCACGCUCACCGACCAGAUCCAGUGCCUCGCGCAGGAGGUCGCCCAGGUUAAGGCCGAGAAGCACUCGGCAAGGUCGUGCUUUGACGAGGAUGGAUACUUCUCUUCCCCUAGGACGCCUGGGUUUAACGAGGAGACCGCUUUCUCUCUGGAGUGCAGCAUUGGGGAAGCUGAGACGCCGAACUACGGUAGCCCAGACGAAAUGUUCAGCAAGGAUCUUAAUCCUUGCUUGACCCCGUGCAUUGCCAAGAGCAGAUCUGAUGUAUCCGCACAAUUCCAGUCGUCUUCCUCCCAGUUCACAAAGGAAUCUAGCGGUUCUCGUCGCAGCAGCGGCAAGGAAAGAGCAGACCGCUCUUAUGGUUCUUUUGGCAGGCCAAUGUCAAAGAGCUCUGACCAUCACAAGCCGGCCGCCUCAGGAAGCAGCAACAAGCGACGAGUAUACAGAUCCGAUCAAGACAAAAUCAAUCAGAACCUGUUUUGAGUUCACCAUCGUCAUCAGCUUGCCAGUGAAGGUAGCCUCCAGCUUCUACUAGGUGAAAUAUUUAUAAGCAUGUGGACUUUUUAUGGUCCGUCGAUACCGGUGCUCGUGAUCUGUCAGUGAAUGAAACCUUUGGUUUGUGCUUUUUUUGUGUUAUGCUCUAGCUUGCCCAGCUAUUUGGAAUGGAAUGCCAGUUUGGCUCUGCUAUGU